UCUUGAGAAAGUUGCAGGUCAUCUGUUAGUAAUUGCACAAGCUGGCACGUUGGUGAAAUCUCACGUGUAGCCAAAGCUUGCUUGCUCAGUUUUUCAGAUGUUCAAUAAAAUGGAGCCAACUAUUCUCUUGAAGAUCCUCAAGUGCAUCAACAAUUUGUCCAUGGAUCCAAAUUGCUUAGAAAUCCUUCAACGUGCUGAUGCAAUCAAGUAUUUGAUUCCAAAUCUUGAGCUUUCUAAGGAUCUCGUCUCACGGAUACAUAGUGAAGUCCUCAAUGCAUUAUUCAACCUUUGCAAGAUCAACAAGAAGGAGGCAGGAACAAGCAGUAGAAAAUGGAAUUAUUCCACACUUGAUGAAUUUUAUCACUUCAGAUUCACCACUCAAACAAUAUGCAUUGCCUCUGCUAGAUAUAGAUCAUGCUUCUCAAAACUCAAGGUAGCAGCUGCGAGCUGAUGGAGGAUUGGAGAUGUACUUGAACCUGUUCAAGGAUGACUCUUGGACCAGUAUGCUUUAGAUUCAAUUGCAGUCUGCUUGGCGCAUGAUAAUGGACAGAUGAAAGUAGAACAAGCACUACUGAAGAAGGAAUCAAUUCAGAAAUUAGUGAAGUACUUCCAGAACUGUCUAGAGCAAUACAUCCGUGCACAUUUUGGAGCCUUUUCUGAAGAUAAUUAUGCAAAAAGGACUGAAUCGAACAAGGAAUGUUGCUCAUAUGGAGAGUUGGGGGGGAGAUGUUCUUCUUUAGGA